UGAGUUUGUUUGAAAUGUGUGUUGGACCAGUGCAUAUAACGAAGUGACUACAUGGAUAUGUAUUUCCAAAUGCAUUGAAUAUUGAAUUUAUUUUUCCCCAACUUUAAAUCUGUGCACCCUUCACAAACAUGUUAAUUUACUUGCUUAUACUUUGUGCUUUAAAAAGCGCAUCUUGUGGUGAAAAUGAGUUACUUACUCAAACUGUUUAUGGAUUUUUGGACUUCACGACCACCAUUGGGAAUACCGUAAUGGUAUUUUCUCCCCAAAGCUCCCCACAUUUUGAACUAAAAGCUAACAACACAAACAACAUCAUUAAUAUUAUUGAAACCAAGCCAAAAUUUUCGAAAAAAGAAAAGGAAAAAGAGGGAAUCAAACCUACCCCUCUAAUUUUGAGUCAGUCCAAUGUACAUCCCGAAACAUUUACGUCGAACAGUGAGUCGUACAAUAAAAGUAUAUCGAAUUCCCCAAUACAAACACUAUUAAGCACCCCCGAAUACGAUCUGCUUUCGCGCCAGCCAGAGCAGUUUGCCGAAGAAUCGUAUCGUGUGGUUAACUUUAAGGGGAAGAAUGAAGCUGAGCGGCAAAGAAAUUAUUUGUCUAAAAAGGAGAGUGUCCAUGGUUAUCAGACAAGAGUAGCUGACGGCAACGCUAGAAAUGGUGUUACUUCCACAAAGGAAUCUGGCCGUUUUACAAAAGUUCCUCAGUCCAUAUCUUUAUCGAAUACCGAGAAAAAGAGCAAGCCCAGGCAGACCAGAAUAAAUAAAACAUCAACGAUUCAACCAAGUAAAACUAUAAAAGAUUCCACAUCUCAGACUCUGGUCUCUAAAAAUCCACGGAAAAGUCAACAAGGCAGCCGGGAUCACAGAGGAUCAAGCACUAGAAAAUCAUCUCGCCCAAAAGGAAAAAGGAGGCAUAAAUCAACGCAAAAUACUAAGAUAUUAAUCACUCCAUCAUCAACGGAAACUACCUCACGUCACUCAUAUCGCUCCAAAGUAACAAGUCUACAGGAAGAAUCCGUUACAGUUCCAAGUGCUAGCACAUUCAAGCUAAAUAGGCGACCAGGUCGAUGGCAAUAUAAAACCUCUGCAAAGCCCAAAGUUAAUAUAAGGAAGAAUACCAGCUCCAACAGUCCGAUUACCAUUCAAAAUAAUGAUACGACCCACGUUGAUCAAAGCAUACCGGAGGUUCCCAUAAACGAAAAUCCGGAGCAGAUUCUGAAGGUCUUAAACAGUGGAAGAGAUCUAGAGGCUUCUGGCUCCCAAAAUGGCCCUGUGGCUAACAACAAUGACAACGACGAGCAAAAAUCAAAGUACUUUGUGCAAACAUUAAAUGUAGAGAUAUCGACACCGAAACCUUUUAUUGACACUUACUAUGAAAUUGCAACAAUUAAAAGCCCGUUUAUAUUCCAGGCGGGAGUGGUAAAAAAAACGAGAUUUUUGACCGUUACAUCGACUAUAGAAAAAGUAAUAAGGGAAGAGCACACGAAAGAAUACUCUGAAGAUGAUGGCCCUCUGACCGAGAAUAUUUUGGAGUCGACAACUCAGACAGAUGAAAAACCAUUGGAUGGAAGUAUAUCAACAUUAAAACCUAUUUAUAUUGAAGAUGGUUCAGAGACUCCUAGCUUAGAAACAAUAACUGAAUCGUUUUCCAUAACACAAACCAAGCUUAAAACACAGAUUCUUCCUAUAAUUAAUGAAAAAAGAAAUGAAACAAUCCAAGUAACAUUGGUUCAAACAUAUGAUUAUACCAGCCUUAUAACAGUUACGCAAACAAUAUCCCCAUUAAGCGAAGAUUUCAGUCCAUCCAAGAACUUUAAAGACUUCGAAGGGAACUUAGACGAAGCUGGAUCAGAGCUGAACUUGGAUCUGGAGUUCGGUGAUGAGGAUAAUACCGGAAAAUUUGAUGCGAAAAUUAAACCGAAAAAUAAAGAAGACAUCAAGAGUGGAAGCAACCUAACCCUAACAAAUCCAUUGAUACCUGAAACUAUUCAUUUUCCAGAGAGCCAACCACCAAACAAUUUCAUAACCUCAACGCGCCCAGUUGUAAAACUUGAAACAAUUUGGGAGUCGCAUGUAGUACCUCUAGUUAGAGGAACUGAGACCAUUAUGAGAACGCUCUCCAAGUCUGUUGGAGUAGUUGAGAAAACAGAAUACGUUACUGAUAUUACUCCACUGUCCGUGCCAACAUCACAAUAUCCAUUUUCAAUCAAUCCUUUCUACAAUCCCUUAUUGCCCAUGCCGCCACAUCAGCAGCAGCUGAUUACUUCCACUGAAAUUUUGCAAACAAUGGCAACAGAAACGAGCUCUAAGGUUUUGAAACUGACAUUUGGUGCAAGAACAGCUUAUACCACAAUAUUUUCAACUGCCGUUGUACCAACACAAGUUACAAAAUUAAUUACAGCAACCAUACCUGUUCAGCACUCUGGAUCUUUUCCAAACUUCUAUCCACCCCCAUAUAAUCCAUUCGCAUAUGUUGGUUAAUAUUUAAAUAGAUGUAAGGACGAGCACCUAAACCAAUACUUCGAUUGCUCUAAAUAUAAUUUUUGUUUAUAACUAAGUUUGUGUAUUGAA